AUUAUCCUCUUCAUCCCUAUAUAUAUAUGGCCCAGCCACAUUGGCUCUUUACUCCGACUCUCCAGUCUCCAUACCUCACAUCAGAAGAAGAAAGAGAAAAUGCAGAGCUCACCUCCGUUGUUCUGUUUCCUAGUUUUUGCCUUAUGGUUAGUUGUGGCAAAUGGUUCAGAACCAACGCCAAAAAUCGGGAUCUAUGAGCUCAAGACGGGAGAUUUCUCUGUCAAGUUCACCACCUGGGGUGCCCGCAUUGUCUCCCUUGUUGUCCCCGACAAAAAUGGAAAGUUGGAGGAUAUUGUUCUGGGCUAUGACUCUGCCAUGGACUACCUGAAUGAUACAACGUACUUCGGUGCCACUGUCGGACGUGUUGCUAACAGGAUUGGGGGUGCUCAAUUUACUUUAAAUGGCACCCAUUAUAAGCUGGAAGCAAAUGACGGGAAGAAUACGCUUCAUGGUGGGUCCAAAGGCUACGGCCGUGUUGUUUGGAAGGUGAGAAAGUACCAUAAUGAAGGUCCUUCACCUUACAUCACCUUUGGCUAUCACAGCUAUGAUGGUGAAGAAGGAUUUCCAGGCGAUCUGCAUGCAUCAGUGACCUAUACUCUUUCCGGACUUAACCUGGCUGUGGAAAUGAAGGCCAAUGAUAUAGACAAGGCCACUCCGGUAAACCUAGCACACCACUCCUAUUGGAACCUCGGUGGCCAUAACAGCGGCGAUAUUUUGUCGAACGAGAUCCAGAUAUUCGGAUCCCACAUAACGCCUGUCGAUGACAACCUCAUCCCCACUGGCAAAAUAACGUCCGUAAAAGGCACACCCUAUGAUUUCCUCCAACCUGCAUCCAUUGCAAGCAAGAUCAACAAGCUUAGCAAGAUCAAGAAUCUUCCAAAUGGUUACGACAUCAACUAUGCUCUUGAUGGAGGUUCCAGCGAAAAAUUGAAGACGGCGGCUAUAGUGUAUGAUAAGAAAUCGGGAAGAGUAAUGGAGGUGUUAACGAAUCAACCAGGGUUGCAGUUUUACACGGGGAACUAUUUGGAUAACGUGAAGGGGAAAGGUGGGUUUCUUUAUCAACCUCAUGCCGGUUUGUGCUUGGAGACACAAGGCUUUCCUGAUGCGGUUAACCACCCCAAUUUCCCUUCCCAGAUUGUUACUCCUGGGAGCACGUACGUCCAUGGGAUGUUGUUCAAGUUUUCUACCAAAGGCUGAAUGAACUUCACGAAAGUAGAGAGAUUUUAUAAUCUCCGAAAAUAUGACGUAUUUUUACCACUUCUCUUUUUCGAUCCCCUUAGUAGGAUUUGGUUGAAAGAGAUGGACGAUCUGAUUGUGCCAUCGUUGACACCAGUUUAACUUGCAUUGGUGUGUUUGAGUUUUGUUAGCUGCAAUGCAAUCUUUUGCCUUGCACUCUCUAAUGUGUCUUUGAUUUUUUAGUGAAGAUCUUUGUGUUUGUUGAACUGAAAGUUUGAAAUUUUUAAUUCACUUUUAUCCGCA